GGUGUUACAUUUUUCAACCUACCGGCGAUUCAAAUUCAGUUGUUAUCGGCGUAAGUAUAAAAUUACUCGGAAAAUGUCAUUAAUAAAACGUAAACAAAACCUUCUAACAGUGAUAACGCGUAGGUAACUAUCUACGAGCACUCCUCCAUAAUAUAGGCCCAUAGCCAUGUAAAAAUUCAAACACGUUGAACUUCCAUAGCAACCGUUUGUUAUGAUCACUGAUCGGUAUAGUAUAAGUUUUCAUCCACAUGUAUAAUAUUCCAUAAAUUCUAUCAGAAGUAACUUGCAAUUAAUCGGAAAAAAGCAAAACUUGAACGAACUGCGCGGUUGUAAUUUACCAAACGAGUUUUCUCAUUUACUACGUUCUGCACCGAACAUGUUUUUUGCAGCGAAAUUUUCAUCAUACUCGUAAUCAGACAGCUUUGAUUUCUGGAACUUUCGGCGGCAUCUACUACGAUCAGAAAAAUGAGCGUAUAUUUCGACUUCAAAGUGAACACGAGAAGUGGAAAUUUCGUAAGCUACGUCCAGUGGCACAAUCAACUGCCACUUUUAGCUGUAGGAACUCGUACACUUCAGCCAUUAACGACGUACGUCACCGUUUUUGAUCAAUUGGGAGAAGCUUUGGCCGAUGUUAAUGAAUUGUAUCAAGAAAACAACGACACUGUGGUUUUAUCGUGGCAUCCAAACAAGAAAAUUCUAACAGUUGGAUUAACCAGUGGCGAUAUUCAAUUAUGGAAUGGACAAUCCGAUUUCAUCAACGUGCCUUCAUCUCAUAAAACAUGUGUGAAAAUUUUAAAAUGGUCCGAACUAGGAACCAGAUUGAUUUCGAUGGACGAAUCAGGAAACAUAGUCGCUUGGAAAACCGACAGUCGUUCCUUGAUCGUACGAAUAUUCCAAAGCUCGGUCCAAGGAAUACCUUUCUCGAUAGAAUACUGUAACACCAAACCUGGUCUCGAUGUGAACAGUUUGGCUAGAAAAGCUGUGGAAGGCGAUGAAAAAGCUCUAGAUAUGUUUAGCGCGUGGCGUCCUAAAACCGGCGGAUUUCGUCCAACAUUCAGCACCGAUAAUGUUUGUUUCUAUGCGGCUACGUUGCCAGAUGAUAUAAAUUACGUCAAUGAAAAUGGCACUGUGAGCAAUGUUUCGAAAAUGGAUAAUGAUAUUAAGCUCAUACUGCAUCAUGAUAGAAAAAAUAUACUAAUCGUGAUGUUGAUUGACGGAUCGUUGAAUACGUACAAUACAGAAGUCGAUGGCAAGCUUAAAAAUAUUGGAAGGGUGAAAUUGAACGAUGUGGAUAACGACUCGGUCCUGAUCUGGGCUGGGGAUGAUUUGCUGGCUUGCACGACUAAUACAUAUACGAUUCGAUUUUUCGAAGUAGAGUCUACCGACACAUACUUGUUGCAUGGCACAUUUGGCGAAGAAGGCGAACCUCAGAAAUUUACCACUGUGUCGUAUUUAGAUUCAAAAGGUAUCUUAUGCGGUGGUUCAGACACCGGUAAUAUUACAAUGUGGAAGAAGAACCAUGCGGCAGUCGGUGUGAAUUGCUGGGAAGAAAUAUCGACGUGUAAAUUGAAGGAUAGCGCAUUAUAUAGUUCGUGGGGUUCGCAACAUUCUGUCAUUGUUACAGAGAAUUCUUUGUUCAUAUUACAAGAACACGAAUUAUCUUCAAAUUAUAAUAAACGAGUUUGCGGGGUUCAAACGUCAGCUAAUGAGGUUAUAGUAAGCCGAAAGAAAACGCAAAUAAAACUCAAUACGGAUUUGAAAAUAAUCGGAGUGGCAGUUUCCGAAGACCAUGUAGCUGUUUGGAGUGGAAAGACUGUGGCUGUGUAUCAAUUCAUUGGAACUUCGUCUUUGAAUGUUCUAGGUACUUUCAAUAGCGAAUGCGAAUCACUGGUGAUUUACGAACAGAGCCUCGUUAUAUUGCCCAGUUCAGUUCUGCAGAAUGGUAAAUUGCUGAUAUGCACCUUUCAAGGAACUGUUAAACAAAAUUUAGACUGCGAUGGGCAACCGAUAGCUAUUCACUUGAAUCAGUCUUAUUUGAUAGCCGCAACUAUUAUCGGGAUGUUACAGAUUUGGGAUUUAUCCCGUCGAGAAGCCAAAUCCCACGCGCAUCCCAAAGACUUGGUUGAAGCUAUAAGCGAUUUUGGAGAAGUGGUACUCAUUCGGACUAAUUGCAACGGAUCAAUGGUGUCAUUUACCAUCGCAAAUUCUAAUUUGAUACCAUCUCCUUUUAUUUACAUCUGGGAUAUCGAAAGUGACCAAAUGCUGAGUUACCAAUUCAAUGAAACAGAUUUACAGAACUCUGGGUAUAAAAAAUACAUCACCGGCCACUACUGGGAUUCGAGCGAACCGAAUAUGUUGAUUUGCGAAACCAAAACGCUAACUGAGGCUGAAUCAGCCGAAGAGCCUAGCAAAGAAGAAUCUCUGUUUUCGAGUGAAAACAAAACCAGUCGCAAUUUACCGAAACUAAACACGUUAUUUAUCUCAAAAGAAAAAGGCGUCGUGUUGCAAGACACGAAAACAACAUCGACUGAGUUCAUAAAGCUGUUGGGAGUCGAUAUACCGUACUUCGUUACGUUGAAAAAAUCUGCAACUGAUACCUACGCAUGCGUGCAAAACCUAUUAAUGAAUUAUUUUGAAGAAGAAUCUGCUGACGACGAUGUGUUGAAAAACGCCAUAAUCAAAUUUAGUUUCAAUUUGAGUAUAGGUAAUUUAGACGACGCGUUUAAGACCAUUAGCACGAUUAAAAAUGUAGCUGUUUGGACAAAUCUCACUCGUAUGAGUAUCAAGAAGAGGAGACUGGAUGUGGCUCAGGUGUGUUUAGGGCAUAUGAACGAUGCCAGAGGUGUAUCAAUAUUACGCACUAUUUCUUCAGAAUCGCAGAUCGAGGUGAAAUUGGCAGCUUUAGCUAUUCAUAUGGGGAUGCUGGAGGACGCAGAAGCUAUGUAUAAAUCAGCCAAACGAUACGAUUUGUUGAAUAAAAUGUACCAAUGCGCGAAUCGUUGGGACGAGGCGAUUUUAUUGGCUGAGAAGAAAAAUCGUAUCAAUUUACGCAAUACUUACGACGCGUAUGGAAGAUAUUUGGAGAAGAAAGGCGAUAUUCACGAGGCGAUCAAAAUGUACGAAAUGGCGAACACGUAUCGAAAACAUGUUCCGAAAUUACUCCUGCAUAAUCCGGUAGCUUUGGAACAAUACGUUCAAAAAUCCAAAGAUCCAGCUUUAAUGAAAUGGUGGGCUCAAUACGUCGAAAGCACCAGAAACAUGGAAUUAGCCAUGAAAUACUACGAAGAAGCCAAAGACUAUUAUUCAAUCGUGCGUAUUCACUGCUUUUUACAAAACAUCGAACAAGCUGCCGAAGUAGCUGACACGAGCAAUGAUCCAGCCGCCUGUUAUCAUUUGGCUAGGCAUUACGAAAGCGUCGGGCAAACAGAAAAUGCGGUCAAUUUUUUCCUUAAAUCGAAUGGGUAUGCAAACGCGAUACGUAUCUGUAAAGAAAAUGGACUGGAUGAUCAACUAUGGCAGAUUUCACUACACGCUGAAGAUCGUGAUAAGUUAGAAACUGCAAAAUAUUUCGAAGGAGCUGAUCCUACUAAGGCUGUGAUGUUAUACCAAAAAGCAAAAAAUUUCCAUCGUGCUUUGCAUUUAGCCAUCAAAUUCGACUUGGCAGAUUCGGUGGAACAAAUUUCAUCAGAAUUGAAUUCCGAAUCACAAAUCGACUUGUUAGAUAAAUGUGCCGAAUAUUUUGCUCGAAAAGAAGACUACCAUAGAGCAGUGAAAUUGCUAGCGAUGGCUAAAAAAUAUAAAGAAGCAGUGACUUUGUGUCAUAAAAGGCGAGUUAAUUUGACUGAAGAGCUCGGAGAUCUGUUGACACCACCGCCCAACUAUCCAGAUAAAAUUCCUAUCUUGGAUCAAAUUGGGGAAUACGCCUUCACUUUAGGAGAUUAUCACUUGGCAGCCAAAAAAUUCACUCAAGCUGGUAACAAGGUGAAAGCUAUGAAAGCUCUACUUAAAUCGGGAGAUACAGAUAAGAUUAUAUUUUUCACUAAUGUCUCACGUGAAAAAGAAAUCUACAUCAUGGCGGCAAAUUACCUACAAACUCUCGACUGGCAAAUUCAACCCGAAUAUUUGAAACAUAUUGUCAACUUUUACACAAAAGGAAAAGCACCUCAUUUGUUAGCCAACUUUUACGUAGCUUGUGCUCAAGUGGAAGUGGACGAAUAUGGAAAUUACGAGAAAAGUCUGGGUGCUUUGAACGAGGCAUCUCGUUGUCUUAGUAAAGAUCGCGAUCAAUAUGGUCAAGCAUUGGAAUACGUAGUUAGAAAAAUUGCAAUGGUGAAAAAAUUUCUAGAAAUUAGACGAUUAUAUGAAAAAGGCGAAGGCGAAGCAGCCAUGUUACAAUGCCGGCAAUUACUGUCAGCGGAUUUGGAAUUAGUUCGAAAAGGCGAUAUUUAUUCUCUAAUGAUCGAGCACUUGAUGAAAAAUAACAACUUGAAUGCUGCAACUCAAUUAGCGAUCGAAAUGAAGAAAAAUUUGCCUAAUGAUAAUUUGGCUUAUUUUGUUCCUAAAGAAGCUUUACAAAAGCUCGGCAUAGAAGAAUCUUCCAAUGAUGGAAACAACUUUCCGGAUGAUCUCGAUGAAAUUCCUGAUAUUACUCAAUAAAAUCAUUUAUACAUUUGUAUUUUA